AAAUGUGAUGUGAACAUAUAUUAUAUUUUAACGUUAGUUGAAAAUACCAGAACGCCGUUGAAAGGAAACCUUUUUCAAAUCAAACGACACUGUUCAAAGAAAAAGGAGCAUCAUUUGAAGUAUGCAGACAUCGGCAGUCAUAGGUGUUUUGGCUUUCUGGCUGUUUACAAUGACAGUUGCACAUCACAGUGCGGGGCAGGUGAACAACGUUAUGACUAGAUACACACCCGAGGUACCACCGGGGAAAAAUGGAGAUUACAAAGCCAUUCGAAAAAAGUUACAAGAUGUUGUUGUAUUGAGAGUGUCAGAAGAACAAGGAUUAGUGCCACUUAUUGAGUACAUGGACCGCUCUGGGAUACAAGGACAAUACAUCGCUCGACUUUUGCCUGAUGCAAAGCACGUUCAAAUCCGUAGAAUCAUCAAAGAACCUGAACGAAGACAACAAGUUAAGUUUAAUAGAGACAAGGAUUUCCUCAUUCUGCGAAACAUAAGUAAAAGCAACCUCGACGAUUUGCGUCAACUCAUCGAUGCCAUUGCUGAAAUUGAACAGGACAUCGAGUUGUUUCUAGCCGCCAAAUACUGCAAAGAGUACAAUGAUGGCAAUGGACGUUAUAAAUGGGGGCUGGAUGCUCUUGAUGGUAAUGCACUCAAUGGCAAGUAUAAUAUCUGGGGCGAUGGUAAAGAAAUAGAUGUAUAUGUGGCAGACACAGGCAUCAAUCCAAACCACGAAGAUCUCACAGGGAGAGUUACUAUUGGCUGGCCGACAUCUACAAGUGUGGAUAACCAUGGUCAUGGUACCCAAGUGGCCAGUAUCAUCGGGGGAACCAAAUGUGGUUUGGCAAAGCGUGCUAACAUCAUUUCCCUGAAGGUUUGUUCAAAUGAUGUAUGCUAUGUUUCCGACAUGAUGGAUGCUUGCCUGUGGGCAAAACAAAGAGUGCAAAGCACUGGGCGACUCUCCGUUAUUAACUUCAGUUUUGAUGGGACUUUCUCCAGGUCUAUGAACGACGCAGUCGAUGAUCUACUCGCAGCUGGAAUCCCCGCAAUUGUUGCAGCUGGUAGUUCCAAUAAAGACGCUUGCUAUGUCUCUCCAGCCAGCACGCCCAAUACCCUCACUGUCGGAGCGUUUAAUGAGCGCUUUGUAAAGUCUUUUUUCAGCAACGAUGGUCCUUGCGUAGAUCUUUACGCCCCGGGUGAAGUUAUCGAAGUUGCUGACUUCCCUGGAAACAAUCAAUUUACUACAUUGAGUGGCACCUCCAUGGCAGCUUCGUUUGUAACCGGCGCCGUGGCUGCCUUGUUGCAGGUCCUCAGGGACAACGGGACUAUCAGCUCACCCUCAGCACAGGUCGUCAACUACGCCAAUGAGUACAUCAUAAAGUACGCAUUGCCUGGAAAACUUACCGGUGUCGGUGAAGCCAAUUUUGCUUUGUCUACUCCAUGCUUGGAUAUCUGAGUCCUUUCCACUUCAGUGGAACUAACGUACUAAUGUACUAGA